AUGAUAACACAGUUUGAAGUUUUUGGAAGGCGAAGAGAUCCUGGCCAGCAACAGGCCACUCUUGAUAUUUGUUCUGAUAUUCUGGGUUCGGGAGGCUAUAUGACGCAUAUGGCCCUCGACUGGAGGCAUCAUCUGAACACUUUCAAUCCUGCGUAUGAAAUGAGUGGGCAUGAUCAUCUAUUCGAAGACUACAGUAUUCGGCUUGUUUGGCGGCUUGCUGAGAAAGAAGGAAUUGAAGACAUCGACCUUCCAGAAGAGCUUCUUCCUCUGGUAAAUAGGUCAAAGAAACACCUUCAGGCGCUCCUUAGAAAGGGAAUCGGUCUACAGCACUGGGUUGACUCUUAUACUCACUGGCCAGCAGGUCUUGCUUUACUCCUUCAAUCUGGUUAUACGACCGGUUCAGACACUCUUAGAGCAGCAUGUGAAGCGAACUGCGAGGACAGCGUCAAGAUGUUGAUCAGGUCCACAAGAUGCUAUCUGGGGCCACAGGCACUAAAAGUUGCUGCUAUACAUCAUCAUUCAGCAAUUAGGGAGCUAGUGGUCCAAGAAUUCAUCGACCGCAGAAAGCGGCUGAAGGCGGUAGCAGAAACCUUUCUGUCAGAUGAAUUGUGCCAUGAGCUAAGUAUCAAGCCUGAUACUCUGUUGGGAUUUGAUGCCUUCAGAACCUAUGAGGCUCUAAAGGCGAGCUCUUUUAAUGUUGAUGAGUUUCAUGAAGAUUAUCGAUAUCGAUGGUCAGUCUAUGAUUCGACCGGAAACAACCUUGAGCUGUCAGAUCAACUGUACGGUGCUGGAUUCCGAGAUGUGGACGAAGUAUACGCUGACAGGACUGGCCUUAUGAGGAUUAGAUGGAGUUUAUGGAGUCCAUUAACAUUUAGAUUUGUGGACUUGGUGGAAAAAGCGAACUGGCUGGUCAACAAAGGCACCGACAUCAAUUACAAGGAAUCAAGCUCUUCGGCCUUGCAUAUCUUGGGACACGCUGUGGGGGAGGCUAUCCAUUCAGUGAAGGAUACCGAAGAAUUCGCUUCUCAGUUGAGGCAAAUGAGCGAAGAGUGCAAGAGAUUAUUGCGCGGAAUAAUUUGCGAUGACAUUCGAGACAGUUGCUGCUGCCCCUAUUCUUUGAGUGGAUGCUCUGGAUUUACGAGACUCUUAAACGGUCUCUUCCCAGCAAGGUCUAAUAUAGGAACGGAUGAAAUCAUACCGAGGCUUGCAACAAUGUUAGAAAUACUUUUCGAUUCACAGGAGCUUCAUACUCGGGAAUACUUCACCAGUGAAAUUGUUCCUUGCGUCUUACGCUUCAUCACUUCUCGAAGUCUGGGAAUAUCUCACACAUGCAACCAUGAAAGGUACCCAGAAUAUGAGCCUGAUGAGAUCGCAGAGAUUCAAGAUGAGGAGAAGCUUUCAAUCCAGGAGUCGGACCAAUUAGUUGAGAAGUUUCUUGCGAAGUACAAAGAGCUUUCUCCAGGCUUACUAGAUUUCCUGACAGGUUUUUGGUGGACGCAUAUGAAUGAGAUCCUCUUGACAUGCGGGACGACUAGCGCAGAGGAAAUCAGUCAAAUUCUUGAGACAGGGGUAAUAUUGUAUAGAUAG